AUGCCUUCUCUCACCUCGACUGUUCUGCUUGCUGCUGGGCUUCUGGCUUCGACAUCUUCCGCGUUCGACCCGACAUCGAAGACCAACGUCGCCAUCUACUGGGGCCAAGGAGCUUACCAGAAGCGACUUUUGGAAACUUGCAAGAACGAUGACAUCGACAUCAUCAACAUCGCAUUUGUUAACCAAUUCCCGGAUCAGACCGGCGAUGGGUACCCAGGAGACAACUUCGGUAACGCAUGUUGGGGAGAUUACUACGAAACGAGCAACGGAACUAAUACGCACCUCUUGGAGACAUGUCCAAACAUUGAGCCUGAUGUUAUCGCCUGUCAAGAAACCUAUGGAAAGAAGAUCUUCCUUUCGCUUGGUGGUAGCUACCCAACCAACUACUACCUCAAGGACGACGAAUCUGGAAUUACAUUCGCCGACUUCCUCUGGCAAGCAUUUGGUCCUGAGCAGGAUGACUACACUGGACCUCGUCCAUGGGGAAGUGCUGUAGUGGACGGAUUCGACUUCGAUAUUGAGAGCACCAUGGACCCGGCUCCGGAAGACACUCCGGAUUACAAGACGUCAGGAUAUAUCGCCAUGAUCAACCACUUCAAGAACUCACUCUUCUUGGGAGACGACUCCAAGGACUACUAUAUCUCCGGUGCGCCGCAGUGUGUACUUCCAGAUGACCACUUCUCCGACCUCCUCCCCAACGCGUGGUUCGAUUUCCUCUUCAUCCAAUUCUACAACACCAUGUCGUGCAGCGCCCGGGCUGGAAUCAACCACAUGAACGAUCAAGGCUCCGAUGACAUCUCGUUCGACGAUUGGUCGAAGCAAGAGUCCUUGAACCCGAAUGUGAUGAUGUACAUCUCUCUUCCUGCCGAUCCUGCCGCGUCUAGCAGCACACUCUACUAUCUCAGCCCAGGACAAGUUCAAGACACCGUCCAACGCUUCUACGACAACGACCGCUUCGGUGGUCUGGCGCUGUGGGAGGCUACUUACAGCCAGAACAACACCAUUUGCGGAUGGAGAUACAGUACCUGGAUGAAAAAUAUAUUGCUUGGUGAAGAGCUUGGAACGCCAGUCAACACCAACCCAUCAAACUGCAGUGUCUCGAACUCAACGGUCACUACUACAUCGACUCCAAGUGUUGGAACCAUCAGCCCGAUUGCCUCCUCAGACUCACCUGCAAACUUUAGCACGCUGCUGAACGUUUCACGGACGACCACGACUUUGCGUGCAUCUAUGGGCACCGGCUUUCCAGCACAUCUGGGAACUGGUGCUAGCGCCAUCGUAGGCACGGGAAUCGCCACUCCAGCCAGCGCAACUGCUCCCGCCGCUGUCGGCACUGGCUCGUCUCCUGUUGGGUCCAGCAACGCUACCAACUCGGCAGCCAACGCUUCUAGCACCCAGGCUUCUCUUUGUCCAGCUUCCGACGGCCAGACUGUCAGCGAUACUAGUGGUGUAGCAUACGCCGUACAGUGUGAUGUUGCCCUCACCGGCGACGUCCUGCAAGCCCACACGAAGCGUUGGUCUCGCUAUACCAAGCGCACUAUCUCUGAUCAGGAGUGCAUGUCUUCUUGCGACGGAAUAGCCUCCUGCGUCAGUUUCACAGUUUCCAAUGGCGAAUGCACCCUGUUCAGCUCCGUCAGCAGUACUUCCACUGUCUCUGGUGCUACGAGCGCUUCUAAGGUCUCGCAGGCCAGCAGCCCCACUGGUGGUGCAAGUAACGGUACUGCCUCUGCUACACUCGCCGGCAGCAACGGCACGGUUUCGGCAACGUCAGCUGCCAAUUAUGGCACUGUUGCUCCCACACCGGUGAACAACACUGAGAACGCAGUCUCGUCUCUGUCGGGCGCCAGCGCUGGUCUCCCGGCCAAUUCGGCGUCUCCUUCUUCUGGGCCAUUCAACAAUGCUACUACUACUACUCUACUUGCACCUUUCUCUGCUGUUUCUGCACCUCAGAACACCACUGCUACAAGCUCCCCAGCUCCAGAAUCAUCAAGCGAUGCUGCCGCUCCGGCCUCUGAAAGCGCACGUGCCAGCGGCAGUGCUACGAGCAGCGCCGCCUCUCCAGCGUCUGAAGGUGCCAGCGCGACUCAGAGUGAUGCUACUGCUCCAGAAUCAUCAUCAUCACCUUCCUCCAGCAGCGCCGCGACCGCAACCGCCACUCCAAAGCCAGACUCAGCCUACUGCCCUGAUUCGAGCGGGCAACCCGUAACAGACAGCGACGGCGUCACCUAUGGCCCAAUGGAGUGCGAUCAGGCCUACUCUGGCACCGUCAUCACACCUAGCAGCAAGUCGAAGAGAGAUGGAAGUACCAUCGAAGACUGUCUCUCGUCUUGCAGCCAGUACUCCAACUGCAUUGCCGCCAGUGUCCUCAAUGGAGCAUGCACUUUGCUUUCCGAUCUGUCUGGGAAAUCUACCCAGUCGGGCGGAUCGUGUGCUCUUCACGAGGCUCGCGCUGCCGCGGUCGGUAUCACUGCGGACUUGAUCCCUUCGAUUGAUCCUCCAAGUAGCAGCUCAUCUGCUGCCGCUGGUCAAUCGGCGAGUGCCAGUCAGUCUGCCAGCGCCAGUGGCUCGGCAAGUGUGAGUGAAUCGGCCAGUCAAUCAGCCUCUGCUUCGAGCUCAGCAUCGGCCUCUCAAUCUGCCUCCGCCAGUGGUCCUGCCUCUGUUUCGGCGAGCCAGAGCUCUGCAGCGCCAACUGGAAGUUCCGCAGCAGCCUCGGCGGGUGACUCUGCUCCCGCAAGUCAGUCGGCUUCUGCAAGCGCUUCGAACAGUGGCGCUGCCGUUGCAGCUGUUGGCGGUCUGCCAGCUGCCUCCGCAAGCUCCUCAUCUCCUGCUGCCUCUAGCAGCGGCGCCGCGAUCGCUUCUGUCGGCGGCAAUCCAGCAGCUAGCUCUUCGUCGCACGCCCUGUCAUCCAGCCACCCGGCAUCGCCAUCAUCUUCUUCUCACCCACAAGGACCUUUCCCCGCGAAAGCCGCCCCUGCUCCUUCCAAGAAACCCGACCCAGCCCAGGCAAGACCAUCCACUACUCUCCACACCACAACCAAAUGCACCUCGACAAGCGUGGCCGCCAGCAAGGAGUCGGGAAAGCCUGAAGCUCAACCACAACACAAGCCUGACGCGCCAAACGCACAGCCCAAGCCGGCACCUAUACAACCAGCCCACCACCAGCCCGCUCCGAAGCCGGCACCAAAGCCUGCGCCCGAGAAGAAGCCUGUGGCUCACAAGAAACCCACCCCGAAGAAGCCGGCUCCUCCGCCUGCGCCCAAGGAUGCCCACAAGCCAACCCCUCCAAAGAAGCAACCUCCACCGCCGAAGAAGCCUGAACAGCAAACCCACAAGCCGGCUGAGAACCAGCCAUCGUGGUACUCCAAUUUCGGCCAAUGGUUCAAGAAUUCGCCGUGGGGCGGUAAUAACGACCACAAAGAGAACUGGGAGAUGCCUUGGGCUGACCAUGACCACCCACCACAGAAUCACGGCGGUUGGGGUGCAUGGUGA